AUGAUUGAUGACGGAAACCCACUGAGUGGUCUGUGGAACGGCUGGGUGGCACUCAGUGAGCGGCAGAUGACGCUGGGGGCUAUGCGGAAGCGCUUGGCCCAACUGCUGCAGGCUCCCAGCCUGCGAAGGCCAAGUUCCGCGGAGUGGAACUUGGGCGUCCUGUUAAGGCGGAAGGGCGACGCGCCCGUCGGCUAUUUCGAGCUGUGCGUCAAGCAGCCCGAAGGUUUGGGCAGGCGCCCUGAUUCGCAGCCGUACCUGACGAACCUGUGCGUGGCAAAGGCCUGCAGAGGCCGGGGCCUGGGCCGCAAGCUGCUGAAGUUGGUGGAAGAUUUCAGCAGGACUGCUUGGCAGGGCAACGCCCUGUACCUGCACACUGACGAUGACCCCGCUGCCUUCAACCUGUAUAACAGCAGCGGUUACGCUGUGCGAAAGAGACAGAAGGCCCAGCUGUGUGGCUUGUGCGUUCUUUCAGGGUCUGGAACUGUUCUCUUGCGUUCAUUUUGCAUGGAUUGUGAAGCACAGGACUCGCGCAGCAUGUGA